AUGAUAAUCGCUCUUCUGUUCGUGUGCAGCAGUUGCGAAGCGAUAAUUUUCGUAUUUCUUGGGCUUUCGACGUUCUCCAAACAUCACACGUGGGAUCUUGUCUUCGCCGUCGUCACCGUCAUGGCAUGCAUCUUCUGCCGAUUUAUAGCGCGUUGCAGAGACAAGGACGCCAUUCCAGCAAAAGACAUGUUGGUGUCAACCACUGUAGUUGUGAUAGUUGUCACGGUAUUCUUCCAGGGGUACCCCGGUCACAUACUUGUCGACUAUCUAAAUUUGAUUCGAUUAUCUGAAUUCUAA